GCAGCAGAAAGCAGAAGAAGAGUCACGAGCGUAGUUGCGAAGGCCUCACCGGAACGCCACUGCUUAGGACGCAACCCUGCCUAUAGGGUACUCAAGGUGAUUGCAUUUCUGGUUUGGAAUGUCGUUGCUGAAGUUUCUUGGAGCAUCAGUCGGCGCAUCUACUGUAAUCCCAGACACCAGAGCAGUCGUCGCCAAGUAUGGACCACAACAUACCCGACCCAAUUUCUCGAACUGUGGAACCAGUGCAUAACCCGCAAAGUACGACACAUACUAAAGCUGCAUCGACGUCACCGCAUGUCCGACAGCGACAACUGCAGCAUGGUGUCGUUCAGGACCAACACAAACCGAUUCAGGAACAGCCAGUUUCAACGCACCGCAGUCCUGAGCCCAAAUCACCCACCGGGGCAUCAAGGAUUCCACCUCCACUAAAAGAGGAGACUCCAGGAGAUCUGAGCUUUCUGGACGACAGAGAUCAUCUAAUCAUCAACUGUAAGGAACCGCCAAAUGAAGAUGACGACUGGCUCCUUGUGUGCAACAACGAUGGUAGCACGAUCUGUUCCUUCAAACUUGAGCAAAACUGCUGCGAACACCUCUGUUGCCUGGGAAACGCCAGUUGCGCCCUGCAUGGCGUGGAUGUUAAGGGUCGUCCCGUGUUGGAGCUGUACCGGCCGCUUCGAUGCCAGAGCGGAAUCCGAGGAUAUUACUGCUGCGGUUUUUCCAGACAGGAAAUGCAUGUGAAAGAUACCUCUGGUGAAGCCAUCGGGUUUGUGUUCGAGAACGCCACCUGGGGGGCAGUAUCGCUGUCCAUUUGUGACGCAUCGAGGAAACCAUUCCUAAAAGUGGAUGGGCCUUGCUUCGCCCCCGGUACCGCCCGCCAUGUUGCUUUGCAGGCUCCUGCUUAUAACGCAAGUAUUGCAGCAACGCAAAGGUCGUCGCGUGUUCUUAUUCAACUCUCGCAACUCGGGCUGAGAAGCUUAACUGGAGAGAUUGUGGGUUCUAUAAUUCGAGAAGAGAACGAUGCCAUGGACGCCAUCGUCUUGUCAUUUCCACGCAACCUGAGCAGAAAAGAGAAGGCCUGCGUACUCGCCAGUGGCCUGUCACUGUGGUUCAUGAUGUGUACUUUCGGCCACCUCUACAGCUGCUUUCUUUGCGCCCUGUGCCCCAUCUUCUGUGCGUGUUGCAUUGCAUGCCUUUUCCUGCGUUUGCCACAAAGUUGUCUCUACGGACGUUCUUCAAAGCGGAAGUAAUGGAGCGUCGUCGUCGUUACCUGUACCGCGCCGUCACCGACACGCCACCGCUGGUUCAAUAUUAAACAAUUGAUUGAAAUCUA